AUGUGGAAAGGGCUUGUUGUUAUUGGCUGUGUCGUGGUGGCUGCGGCGGCUGCGGUGCCGUGGCUACAAAAGGACAAAGAGGUCCCUAAUUUCGUGGAACUGAAAGAAGUACGCACACUUUUUUUUUCCUUCGCCCUCCAGGAAGCAAAGUCGUCAUACGACGCAGCAACAGGAGGUUAUGUCUGGGGACGUACAUUGAAGCCGUCCUACUCCGUACAGCUGCAUCCUUUGAACGCUGUUCAAAGCUACACGCAGAAAAAGGAGUUUGUCUGGGUCGGAAUUACCGCCGGCCCAUGGCUUGUGGGAGUUGCUGUUCUUCAAUUUAAUUACAUUUCUGUUUUCACCGUCAGCCUCUACAAUGUGGACUCGGAAGAGAGUUGGAAGGCCAUGACCAUCGUGCCGUUACUGGCACCUUGGUUUGGCGGCAGAUGGAUACCCAAUGAAAAGGGUAAGAUGGGCCCCACUAGUGCAGGACAUCGAGUGGAGUUUCAUCCCCCGUUUUCCUCCCAGCGAGCCAGUCUUCGUUUUGAGGAUCGCAGCAUAAAAGUUGACGUCACGGGCACCGUGUGGCAACAAACGGGCAAUGGUACAAGGACAGCGUCGCAGAGGUACGAAGUGCAUGCCGUGGCAACCCUCCCUGAGGAAUUUCUUGGUAUUGUGUUCCCGCUCGGGCCGCGGCGUGCCGCACUCGUAAAUAAACUGGCAGCCGCGCCUUUGCAGACGCCUCUCAACAUGCGACUCAACGGAAAGGAAUGGAGCGGGGAAGGGUACUUUUCUAUGGACUACACACGUGGCCUGUUACGUCGCGAGACGCACUGGCAUUGGGCCAGUGCCACCGCCCCCGCCGGCUACGGAUUUCACCUUUCGGAAGGCACAUACGAUGUGGAUAACAAAAGUGUGGAGAACACAUUCUACACUGGCAGAAAGGCUGUGGUGCUUGACACGCGUGUGGAGUUUCGUAGAGUUACGAUCGCCAAUACAGCCGCGAACACGGCUGAAAUAUGGGAUGUUACAGGAAAUGGCAUUCACCUUCGUUUUCGCCGUGCCGACGCACAUGAUGGCGCCUUUCACCUGGGCGUCGUGAACGGCAAUUUGGAUCAUGCAUGGGGCAUCUUUGAUGGCUUGAUUUUUGUGGAUGGAACGAAGUACACGUUUGAUAAUGUUGCGGGUGUAUUGGAGGCCCACUACGCGUUAUGGUGA